AUGGCCGUCGCUGCUCUCCCCGAGCUCAGCAUGGCUAUGCCUUCCAAACGUGACGAUAGCAGCGUCCCAACAGAGAUUCAAAUUCUGAAUUUCGCGCUUACGCUUGAACACCUUGAAAACGCCUUUUACACGCAAGGCUUGCAGAAGUAUACCCAGCAGGACUUCCUCGAUGCAGACUUGCCCACCUGGGCGCGCGGACGAUGGAACCAAAUCGCACAACAUGAGUCGACACACGUGUCGUUCCUCGAGACCGUAAUUGGUGAUCAGGCGGUACAGCCAUGCACCUACAGUUUCCCUGAUACAGACCCAGAAUCUUUUGUAACAACUAGCUUCAUGUUGGAAACGGUCGGCGUUUCUGCGUAUUCUGGUGCGGCGCAGUUCUUGUCAAACUCGGAUUAUAUUACGUCAUCGGCUGCUAUUCUAGCUGUUGAAGCGAGACAAUCAGCGUGGAUUAAUUCGGCGGUCUUGAAAGCUAACCCGUGGAACACCGCGUUCGACACCCCACUUGACCUCAAUCAAGUGUGGACCCUCGCAUCCGGCGUCAUCGUAUCCUGCCCUUCCUCUAACAUGCCACUGCCUGUGAAAGCAUUCCCUGCGUUAUCCUUCCCUACCGGUGCUCAACCAGGGCAAACCGUUCAAGUUACCUUUAACGCGACAACGACCUCCGAGCAACUCUACGUCGCGUUCAUCGCCGGCCUUGGGGCCACUUUCGCGCCACUGAGCUCUCAAAUGACAGUCACUAUUCCGUCAACUUUACAGGGCGUCGUGUUCCCCGUGAUCACUACCAAUAAUGAGACGGUGACUGACAACGUGACGAUCGCUGGACCCGCCUUUCUGAGUUUUGACUUCAAUUCUGACGGCGUGGAUGAAUCGUGA